GCGAGAGUGUGCUCGUUUGCUCGUCGUAUUCCAAUUACAAUUCGUUUGCAUUAAGUCGGCCACACCCCACUUGCAUGUCUGGGCCAGCUCCCAAUGACACACGGUGGCAAACGCUGAGCGCAAAAUGCCCGCCGAUCGUGUAACGCCGAUCGCCGAGCGGGAUGAUGACAAUACUCUCUCAUGACACCGUGACGCCGCCCGAGUCAGGCGAAGCAGCCAGGCCGAGCAGACGGCCCGAGGGGCGCACCGAGAGAGUCGUUUGGGUUACACGCCCAAGUGGAGCCCACCAGGCCCCAAAAUUGACGGAGCGUCGAGGUGGUGGGAUUCCGGUGAGUGAAACACACGGGAAACGGCUACUGCAGGUACCCAUCCCGUCCCUCCACCCCCGGGUUCUCAAGGCAGAUGCCGUGUCAUCAACGGCCGCCAAUUGGGUGGAUUUCACCAUGCCCUGUCUCACCACCCUCGCCGCCAAGCCGGACGUGAUGAUGAACAACACCAUCGACGCGAGAGCGGAGCACCCGCUCUCACACCUUCGCCCGCCAACCUCACGCAAGAAGGAGGGGCCGAGGACGUGGCUUCCUUUUCGUAGCAUCCAGACUGCGAUCAGUAAACCUUGAGGAAUCUCCCCGCGGACGCAAGUCGACGUCAAU